UCUCUACCGAAACCUUUCCAUUUUCUCUAUAAAUACAGCUCUACCCAAAACCUUUCCAUUUUCUUUUUAAAUACAGCUAUCCCUUAAACCAUUAUAUACCAUCUCAUCUUUAAUCAUCAUUACUAAUUCCAAACCCCCUCAGAGACAAGAGGAAGAGAAAGAGACAUGGAGUCCAAAAAUUCAAUCUUGCUAAGCCUUUUGAUGCUACAAUGUCUCUCACUCCUUUGUGUUUCACAAUCACAGGAUUUCGAUUUCUUCUACUUUGUCCAACAGUGGCCUGGAUCAUACUGUGACACAAAGCAAAGUUGUUGCUACCCAAACACUGGGAAGCCUUCUGCAAAUUUUGGCAUUCAUGGGCUUUGGCCUAAUUACAAGGAUGGUUCUUACCCUUCAAAUUGUGAUCCUAACAAUUCCUUUAAUCAGGCUAAGAUAUCAGACCUCAUAAGCAAUAUGCAAAAAAAUUGGCCAUCACUAGCUUGCCCCAGUAGCAACAGUAUACAAUUUUGGACACACGAGUGGGAGAAACAUGGGACAUGCUCAGAGUCUGUACUUAACCAACAUGGAUACUUUGAUACAGCUCUCAGUUUGAAAGGGAAGACAAACCUCCUUAAAGCUCUUAAAAGUGCAGGAAUAAAUCCAGAUGGGAGCUCUUACAGCUUACAGAACAUAAAAAAUGCAAUAAAAGGUGCAAUUGGAUAUACUCCAUGGAUAGAGUGCAAUGUGGAUGCAUCUGGAAAUAGCCAGCUUUACCAGAUUUACCUCUGUGUGGAUACUUCUGGGUCAAGCCUAAUCGAAUGCCCUGUGUUUCCUAAGGGAAAAUGUGGUUCAGAGAUUGAGUUCCCUUCCUUUUAAAAAAUGGUGGUGAUAACCAUUUUAUGAUAUCAUUUCUACCCUCUUAUCAUCAAUUCAAAGUCAUCAUUGUUUUGAUGACCAAUACUGUACGUUCAACUAAUAUAAGAAUGUUAAUUAAUUCAAAAGGGGGUGGUGUUUCUUCAUAAA